AUGGAUUUGUACGAAUGGAUUAGACUGUUUAUAUUUCACGCACUCAUUCUCCAACUAGCUAAUCCUCAGAACGCACAGAACAUAUUAACAGAGACUUUAAUAGAAGUUUUAACAGAUAAAUGCCCCGGGUAUAACGUUUGUACAUUUGAAAACGAUGUCCGAACGAAUGCCCCUUCUGAUCGGAACAACAGCAGUGUCGCUGAUGAGGGGACAUCCUGCUGUCAACCCGGAUGCCACUGUGACUCCGGAACCGGUGUCUGCAUAGGAACGGGAAACUGCUGCCUCGAGUCGACUGAACCGGAAGAAGAACGCCUGGUCAGCGCCGACCAGAUGCGCUGCGUGUCACCAAGUUUUAACCUAGACUAUGAACACAUAUUGAAACGCCUUUCUACCGAGAGUUGGAGCGGAUCGCAAGCGAGGCUUGGUGUUGUCAUGGUGUCAAACUGUCCUGUCGAAACGAACGAUACCCGCCGAUGUAGCCAACCAAACCAACAAAAUAUAUCUGAAAAUCAACCCGUUACCUCUACCAUUUCCAAAAUAUCGUACCGGAACAAAUACUGUGCCUUCUGUCAUGAAGUGAACGAGACGGAGGUUGUUCCCUGGAGGGCCUAUGUUACCUGCUCGGCCGUGAAUAUACUCAAAGGCGACAGUCUUCUGUUUCCAAAUUCCCCGGAGAAAAUGUUUAGUUCAAUUUUGGCUACGAAGAAUGGCGAAUGCGGGUUCGAAUUCAUUCCACCGAAGGAGAAAAUAGAUUCGCUCAAUAUAGAAACGUGUUUCAUAAACAGAAGCAUCGUCUAUCAGUGUGCGGACGAAGAUACAAAUAUAACAGAAGAAAACAAAAAUGCGUGCAGCAGCUUGUACCUUCCAUACACCUAUUCAGAUGAAUACUCCACGACAGUUUACGCAAAUUACUUUUGUUACCUUUGUAACUCCAAUGCUACUAACACCAGCGUCACCGUUGACACAAGGGAAACAAACAGUUCGGGUCCUGGAGACCGUUGUUUGACAGAAGUCAGCCUGGGUCUGCACGUGCAACUGGACUUUGUUGUGGAGCUAAAUACCAUGCACAUGAACGAGAGCAACUUCCUGCCGCACUGGGAACAGACGGACCUGACGCCCGCCAGAUAUGUGCCCGGAGGCGUCAAAUGCAAAGGAACAACUACAUAUGACCUGUUUACGGAGAAGUGUCGGGAAUGGUUCUGCCCGAGUGGAUGGUACUUAUCACCGGAAGGGGCGUGUUUGCCGCUCUACCUGGACGCUGUAAAGGCUUCAUUUAGCGUGACGUUGCAGUUUCGCACGGAGCACCACCAUCGAGAAGCCCUGCGAGGGGCGGACAUGAUGGAGGUGACGACGGCCGUGCUGGACCGUAUGUACGGGGAUGGACCAGGCCUUCGGAAGGAAGUCGUCAUCGUCGCCACCAUGGACGACUACUCGUACCUAUUCGUCUUCGCCGUCAUUCACGUUACAAAAGACUCCAUAUAUCAGCAGCGCAUAUAUGAUCCAAGUACUUACGGUAGCGAGAUAUCUAUUGAGACUCAUAAUGCAUCUGUACCUCUUCAAAUUCAGUUUUCUGUAGGUGUUAAAAUGGAACUCAAUACUUAUCCUUUAAAUGAUAUUAUUUUGGUAGAUAUGAUUGAAUAUAAGGCAUUGAUGACACGUUACCGAGCUAACAUAAGCGAUAUAGAAACUGCAUUUAUGUAUACCUUCGUAACACCGUUGUCUUUUUGUACUCAGAUUUCUUUAGAUAGAACAGAAGUUAGGGAUUACAUAGACGUUGCGGAUAUUCGAAUUUCUGACACGCGAAUAUAUACGGGUGAAUUUUCCCGAACAUCGCGUUAUGACACCAUGCGCAUAUGCUUGUCCAGUUAUUUGCGUAAAGCGGAGGAAUAUUACCAAGAGAAACUGAGGGCAAACAUGUACACCCCUCAGGCCAUUAUAUCCGUCGUCUGUAACAUAAUGUCUAUGGCCGGCCUGCUGGUCACAAUAAUAACUUACAUUAUAUUCGAGGAGCUUCGCACCAUCCCGGGCAAAAACAACAUGAUGCUGGCCGUGCACCUGCUGAUUGCCCAAAGUCUUUACCAGUUCGGGAUGGACAAAACCGAAUUCCACAACCUUUGCAUCGUUUUCGGCAUACUCAUACAUCUUUUCUGGCUGACGGCCAUUUUCUGGAUGAACGUUUGCACGCUGCACAUGUUCCGCACGUUCGUGACGGGCCAAAGUUACCGGUCGGUGCGCGCCCUCGACCCCCAGGUUCUCUGUUAUGGUGGCUACUGCUAUGGGGUCGCUAUGGCAAUGGUGGCCGUCAACAUUUCUGUAUCCAUGUACAAGUCAGACGGUGCUGAGGUCGGGUAUGGGGGAAGGGUCUGCUACAUUACUAAUCCCGUCAUGGUCGGAUGGGUGUUCGCGUUACCCGUAGGUAUAAUCAUUAUAUUAAACAUGGGGUUCUUUUUCGCUGUCGUUUACCAGAUAUCAGCCUCAACAAUGCGCCGUCGGGGCAAACAGACGGAUAGGACAAACACCGUCAUUUACAUGAAACUUUCCUCUUUGACCGGCGUUACAUGGAUAUUUGGCUACCUGUACCUUUGGACCAAUUUCGAACCGCUCGAGUACAUAUUUAUAGUAUUAAAUGCAGGACAAGGCGUUUUUAUUUUUAUUUCGUUUAUCUGCACUAAGCGCAUCUUGAAGCUUUACUGGAACAUGUCACGUAACAACUGCCUCAUGGUCCGUGCACGUUGCUGCUCAUGCCUCUGUUUCACCCGAUUUGAUCCGGAGACGGCGGUUGAAAUGAACACACAGAAGGUGUCGUUGACUGCGGGAUCCACGUCUAAGGGGUUUCUGUCUCAGACGACCAGCGUGAAACGAUUCUUUACCCACCGCUAUGACAGUUCACGCUCGUUAUCAGAAGUUGACAAAUCGAAAAAGCAGGUAUUUAAUAACCCGAAGGGUGAAGAAAAUUCCUCUGCGUUUGGAGCCGCUGACUUGAUAAAGAUCAAACGUGACGUAGAAGUGUCUGACGCAAACGGCUACAUUACUUUCAGCGAUCCAGCAAACGGUAUGAUGAAGAACACGGCUGUUGCCGCCAUUGGUCGACACAAUAUCGACUUUAUUUCCUCUGAAGGCAACAAGAAGCCACCUGAAACUGGGGACGAAAAUGGUCACAUGUAA